CUUAUUACCUCACGAUCACGACCAGCACCGUCACGGUCCAUGAAACGAGUACUCUCUAGAGUAACAGUACUGGCAUCCUAACACUUCUUUUAUAGCCUGCCAAGUAUACAGCUUCACCAAAACGACCACCAAAUGGCGGCAGCAACGGUCGACACGACCCUUGCUUCGGCCAACAGUCUGCUCGCCUACCAUAGCUCUCUCAUCGACGGCAUUCGUCGUUCCCAACGUGAACAUCGACGUCAGCUCCAUUCUCUACCUCCUUCCAUCUCACAGCCUCUCCUUUCUCUUCCUUUGAUUCAGUCGCCUCCACCGUCUCCACCGCCGUCUCCAACGAUACAGCCUGUCUCACAGUCGCGUCAGAACAAGUACAGAGCGGAUCUACCUCCCGCGAAACGUGCCAGAGUUGCGAGAUAUAGGAAUUAUGUACCAGAGGAGGAGACUAUCCGCAACGACUACUCGCAGCGCUAUGUCGACGGCGGGGAAUGGCCGCAGAAUUGGGUGUUAGGCGCUGAACCUGAACAUCGUUUCGAAGAGUAUCCCAAGCAACAUCGCUUACUUGCUCUCAAAAAACUCUCUGUUCAAUCCCAUUCUUUACCCCCUUCCUAUCUACCUUUUACUGCGCUUUCUACAAUCCAACCUUGCAAGUUCGACGUUAUUCUUCUUGACCCCCCUUUCUCUUCUUCAUUCACUUGGAAUCAUCUCCAGGAGCUCCCAAUACCUUCCCUUGCGGCCGAUCCCAGUUUCGUCUUCCUGUGGGUUGGAAGUGGCGCUGGAGACGGAUUGGAGCGAGGAAGAGAAGUGCUUGCGAAAUGGGGAUAUCGACGCUGUGAGGACGUUGUCUGGGUCAGGACGAAUAAGGUGUCAAACAAGGGACCUGGCACUGACCCACCGACGACUUCUCUACUUACGAGGACUAAACAGCAUUGUUUGAUCGGGAUACGAGGCACCGUGAGGAGAUCAACGGACAGCUGGUUUGUCCAUUGUAACGUUGACACGGAUGUGAUCAUAUGGGAAGGCGAUCCAAAUGAUCCGACGCGAAAACCACCCGAAAUGUAUACUCUCAUAGAGAACUUCUGUCUUGGGACGCGACGCUUGGAAGUCUUCGGUAAAAUAUCGUCACUACGGCGUGGCUGGGUAACUGUACUAGGCAGUGAGACCUCCCCUGAAGGUCCUAUAUUUGUUGAAGGUGAAGAAGGUGGAAAUGCCACCCGGUGGGAACACGAAAGCUGGGAAAACAAUAUCAAGGAAAUCGCUGGCGGGGGCAAGUUUGUGGUCCCUAUGACGUCCGAUAUCGAUGCUCUCCGACCAAAAUCGCCCGUAAGAGGCGGGAGUACGAACAAUGGAAGCUCUGGAGGUGUUCCACUCUCAGGCGGCACCCCAGCGGGGAUUGGGGGCGUGAAUAUGGUGAACGGAGCUCGAUUCAACAACGGGGCCAGACAGGGUGGGUUUGGCGGGAUGGAGAUGGGUGUCGGAAUACCCAUGGGCAUGGGCAUCAACUCUCUUGGUAUGGGGGUGGGGGUUGAUGGUAUGAUGGCCGGUGGAUGGCCUGGGAUGCAGGUCAUGGGAAAUAUGGGUAUGGCUGGGAUGGAGGGAAUGGGCGGUAUGCCUGGAAUAAAUGGUAUGAAUCCCGGCAUGAAUGGAAUGAAUGUACCCAUGAUGGAUCACCAAGCUAUGCAAGGUAUGAAUGGACAGGGGAUGGGGAUUGGUGGUAUGAUGAUAGGUGGACAGGGUGGUGGAUUUAUGCCUAUGUUCAACGGCAUGGGUGGCUGGGGAGACGGCCAGUUUGGUAUGGAUGGCGGUGGCUGGGACGGUAGCGGAAUGAUGCCUGGUAUGGGUAUGGGACAAUGGACUAGUUACUAGGAUAUGUUUCUUAGGUUAUCAUUCUGGUAUUUAUUAAUGUUCAUCGUGUAUGUACGCAUUUUGUAUACUUGCCUGCACCUAAAUCCAUACUGGGUAUCUGCACAGC